UCUUCUUUUCCUAGGAUGCUCACAACUGUAUUCCUGAGCUGGACAGUGAGACAGCCAUGUUUUCUGUCUACGAUGGACAUGGAGGGGAGGAAGUUGCGUUGUACUGUGCCAAGUACCUUCCCGAUAUCAUCAAAGACCAGAAGGCCUACAAGGAAGGCAAGCUACAGAAGGCUUUAGAAGAUGCCUUCCUGGCUAUUGAUGCCAAACUGACCACUGAGGAAGUCAUUAAAGAGCUGGCACAGAUUGCAGGGCGACCCACUGAGGAUGAAGAUGAAAAAGAAAAAGUAGCUGACGAAGAUGAUGUGGACAACGAGGAGGCUGCGUUGCUGCACGAGGAGGCUGCCAUGACGAUUGAAGAGCUGCUGACACGCUAUGGGCAGAACUGUCACAAGGGCCCUCCCCACAGCAGAUCUGGAGCUGGGACCGGCGAGGACCCAGGGUCCCAGGGCCUCAAUGGGGAGGCGGGACCUGAGGGUCCAUUAAGGGAAACUCCUUCACAGGAAAAUGGCCCCAAAGCCAAGGCCCACACGGGCUUCUCCUCCAACUCGGAACGUGGGACUGAGGCAGGCCGUGGUGGUGAGCCUGGCACGCCCAUUGGUGAGGCUGGGCCUUCCUGCUCUUCAGCCUCCGACAAACUGCCUCGAGUUGCUAAGUCCAAGUUCUUUGAGGACAGUGAGGAUGAGUCAGAUGAGGCGGAGGAGGAAGAGGAAGACAGUGAGGAGUGCAGUGAGGAAGAGGAUGGCUACAGCAGUGAGGAGGCAGAGUAUGAGGAAUAUGAAGAUGACACCGAGGAGGCUGAAGAGGACUAUGAAGAAGAAGAAGAGAUGAUGGUGCCUGGGAUGGAAGGCAAAGAGGAGCCUGGCUCUGACAGUGGCACAACAGCGGUGGUGGCGCUGAUUCGAGGGCAACAGUUGAUUGUAGCCAACGCGGGAGACUCUCGCUGUGUGGUGUCUGAGGCUGGUAAAGCUUUGGACAUGUCCUAUGAUCACAAGCCGGAAGAUGAGGUGGAGCUAGCACGCAUCAAGAACGCUGGCGGCAAGGUCACCAUGGAUGGGCGUGUCAAUGGGGGCCUCAACCUCUCCAGAGCCAUUGGAGACCACUUCUACAAGAGAAACAAGAACCUGCCUCCCGAGGAACAGAUGAUUUCAGCCCUUCCCGACAUCAAGGUGCUGACUCUCACUGACGACCACGAGUUCAUGGUCAUUGCCUGUGAUGGCAUCUGGAAUGUGAUGAGCAGUCAGGAAGUUGUAGACUUCAUUCAGUCAAAGAUUGGCCAGCGUGAUGAAAAUGGGGAGCUCCGGCUACUGUCAUCGAUUGUGGAAGAGCUGCUGGACCAGUGCCUGGCACCCGACACUUCUGGGGAUGGCACAGGGUGCGACAACAUGACCUGCAUCAUCAUCUGCUUCAAGCCCCGGACCACGGCGGAGCUCCAGCCCGAGAGUGGCAAGCGGAAACUGGAGGACGCGCGCUCUCCCGAGGGGGCCGAAGAAAACGGCAGCAGCGACAACAAGAAGGCUAAGCGGGACUAACAGUCACCCUGAUCCCUGCCCGCCUAGACUGUUUCUGAGCCCUCGGGACCGAGACUGAGUUUUGUCUUUUUCCUUUAGCCUUAGUGGUAUGAGAUGUGCAGGGGCCGCUGGGGCCGCUGUGGCCUCCGUCUCCCCUCGCUCCGGGGCUCACGGCCGGCUCCGAGCCUGUGCGUGUGUCGGAGGAAGGACUGGCGGCUCUGGUUUUUACUCUGUGAACACUUUAUUUAAGAACAUUCUUUUUUAUUAGCGGCUUCGUGGCCCCCAGCCGCUUGCACCCGCUCUGUUGUACACUUUCAAUCAACACUUUUUCAGACUAAAGGCCAAAACCUGACCGU